AUAUAGUGGCAUUCCCUUCUCUAUCCAUUUGUCAGAAAAAAUACACUUGCCUCCGUAAAUUGUGAAAAUACAUUUUCUUUAAAUAAUUAACUUUCUUUUGCAUCUAAUAGCAGUGCGGUUAGAGGUUCAUUCAGAUUGCUAUGUAUAACCCGGAUCCAUUGUCACUUUUCGAACAUCCCGACGAUAAAAAGCAGCGUGAGAAAAUUCGAAACCUGCAGAAAAAAAUGAAGAAAAUUUUGGACAAUGAAACUGAGAUAAUGACUCUGUUGAGUCUUAUAACGGCGGAUACAGAAUCAUUUGAUUCCGGUGAAUCGGAGAUAAAAUAUUUUCCCAUUAGAGAUCUUGAAGAAAUGGCCAAACUAGACGCUGAGUUGUCAGGUUUAAAUAACCAAUAUAAACCAAUGAUGAAGCGGAUACUUAUACCCAACCCCACUGCUGUUACUCCUUUGAGUAAGACUCUUCCCAAAUUGUUUUCAGCAGAAAUACUCACAGAAUACAAUUAUGAGGGAGUUAAUAAUAAAAAGAAGUUUAAACAAUUUAAGAAUAUAAAUGCAACAAUUUUCAAUAUUUUGAAGCGUGAUGGCUAUACAGACUUUGAGUAUGUGACUGAACUUCGAUACGCUUUUAAGGCAUUUAAGUCUCGAUACUACAAAAGGAAAUACGAUGAGCGAAAAAAAUUGGGUAUCAAGAAGCCUAUCGGACUAUUCCCGACUAUCAAAUAAUCCCUUGCAUAUGGAAAACCUGUAUUAUCAAUCACAGUCAUCCCGUUUCCUUGUAUGAAGUUCAAUUUAGAAGAGCUUCAAAGCAAAUAACUUCGUACAUCAAAGUUAUUUUCAGCACAACUCGAGGAUAGUAUCCCACGUCAAGUGUUUCAAAGUUCAAGUGGCUGGGAGAAAUCCCCUAACUGAACCCUCCACGAGGGUGCCGGCUGGUCAAUGGGCAUUGCAUUACUUUGAAGGAAAGUUCGAAGUGCCUAGCUAAGGAAUGGUUGGGACUCUCUGCUCAAAACAGCGGGGGUCUGAAACCAUAACAUGGUUUUUGGAUGAGCCUGGCGGUAAGCACAAAACGCUAGGGAGAUAAACCUGAAAUAAAUCAAACAUGGACUCAAGAAGUGGAACACCUCCUCACCCCCGGCGGGCACGGUGGUGAUAAAUACGUGACGCCGGCGGCCAUACUUCAGUCUUGCUGGUGGAAAGCUACUUCCGGAGACAGAAGACGCAGAAUCAUCCAAAGAACAAAGGUUAUUCCAACGUUGGCACCCAAAUAACAUAAAUGUUGUCCCGGAACCCGCAGAAUCACCCGAGGCUUGAAGGAUGAUGCCAAAAACAACACCUCGACUAAGCGCCCCAUAGACAAUGACAAUGGGACACACAAUAAAAAGAAAUCGCGUACAAACGAAGGUUUGCUUCGUCAUUUGAUCGCAGCGACAUAAAUGGCAGGAAGUCGGCCGAACAUUGAAAGCUGGCAAGGAUGGCCUCCUCAAAGACUCCACCAGCAACCUUUGAUGGGGCGGGAUGGUUAAACGGAGUCAAAAUUCUGAAACUAUAUACUUUGCAGUGGGUAAGCAGUGUGAACCAAUCAUGCUAAUAAAUAAUUUAACAAAUUUCAAUUUGGCCAAAUAAGCCGGAGGGAAUUCUAUACAACAAGCGAAACGGAACUCGUGAGAACAUUUUGUUCGAAACCUUGGAGAAGGUUUCCUUCCAAAACAGCUGGGUCUUGGUCAUGAAAGCUAUUAUUAAAUAGCUUUAAAAUUUGAAAAUCUGAAAUCAUUUGUAUUAAAAACAAGUGUUUGACGAAAACAAAACGAAAUCAAUAAAAUAAAUAUUCCAUUCAGUGGUAUCAUUUGUGACUAAA